AAAACUGACAAUUCUCCACAAAACGCUAUAUUUAAUCUAUUGCAAUUUUAAACGAACUUUUAGUUUUAUAACUGCUUCGAUGUUGAUAAAAAUUGAGUCACGUUUGUCUUCCUAGCUUCAAAGUCUAUAUGCUUAUAAAAAUUCAUUUUGUUUGUCUCUUAACACUUCUGGUUCUUUCCUUGCAUUGCAUGUUUCGUUUCGCUUAUCAGGUAUUGUCAUUUAUAUCAGUUAGAUUACUCAUCAAGUUUUCAUCGUUCCAUUAAUUGAUUUCAUUUCCUGUGUUAUUUAUUUGUCAGGUAAAGAUAGAGUGUUAUUUUGUUUCUUUUAAGCAGUCUUGUUUCUUUUAAGUAUCGCAAGUACGAUUUUAUAUCUAUAAUUUACCGUUAAAGGAUUAUCCUUCUAAAACGGGUCUUCUUGGUAAACAAGACGAAGUUACACUGAACGUUUCUGAGGUGUUAGAUAGAGAAAGGAAGUAUCAAUUCCAUUAGCACUUCUUAGAAAAAUCCUUUUGCACUUUUUGUAGAUUUAUCUUGUCCAAUACUGGAGAUGGCAAUUCCUUUUCCCAAAAAACUAAAAGUACUUGAUCCGGAAAUUUUAAACAAAAAUUUUAUUUCAAUAAUUGAAUCGGAUAUAAAGAGAACUGUUCCCUUAGAAGGGCGUUGUGCAUAUCCAAGUGAUUCCUUUUUAGCAGAACUUGCAUGUAGAGUUUCGAAAGAAUCGAAAAAUUGUCCAGAUCCUCUGGAUCAAGGUUGGGUUCUGCUGACAACAGCAAAGAACUCUAGUGAUAAUUAUUUUGGCGCUGCAUAUUGGAAUCCCAAUGACCAGCAAGUUGUUAUUGCUCACAAAGGAACAAAAAACCUAAAGGAUAUAUGGACCGAUUAUGAAGGUGUUUUAUCAAACAAGUACACUUCUCAAAUGAGUUCUGCUGCUAGUUUUUCAAACCUCAUCGUGACCCAAUUGGACAAACUCAAUAAAAAGCAAUCAGUGAAUUUGAGUCUUUCUAUUACUGGGCAUUCUUUGGGUGGUUGGUUAGCACAGAUAACUGCUUUUUCAACUCAAUAUCUUACUACUAAAUUCUGUGAAGAAAAGGGUUCUUCUUUUUUUGUUAAAAGCCAAAAAGAAGGCUACCACACUCAUACAGUAGUUUUUGAUUGUCCUGGCUGCAAAGACAUGUUGCUGAAAAUGGAAGAUGACUUCGACGUACAUGCUGGCGAUAAAGUUAAUUUAGUAGAUUUGUUGGACGUAACAAUUUACCUAUCCGCACCAAAUUUGGUCAAUACACUACACUCACAUAUUAAUGUCGGUAAUUUAUAUCGGGUUUUCAUUGAAGGCUUACCAGAAAUAAGGAAAAGAUGGAAUCUAUUACAAUAUACUAAAGAAACUCACAAAAUGAAAAAAAUUAGAGAUGCUUUAUUUUCUGGGAAAGGCAGCUCAAGCGGAAGAAUAAUGAAGAUAAGAGAUUGGCCACUUGUGAAAGGUGGAUUAGGUACAAGAAUUAUCGAAAAAUUAUUUAAUAGUGAAUGUAAUGAAUAUGAACAUUUUCAUAACUUAGCAAAUUGUGCUAAUGAUUAUAACCCACCGACAGAUGGUGACGAUUAUUGUACUAUUCGUUAUCAAUUACAAAAUGUGGAGGAAGGAGAAUGUAGUGCUAAUAUUUUUACACAGGCGGAAUUCGAUUUUCUGAAAGGAUAUGGUAUAUUGAAGAACUUUUCGAUGUUUUCUCUGAUUGAUGACUUAUUCACUUCUCUUCAUCACAAAACAGAGGGAGUAAUAAAUAAAGAUAAAGUCGAAAAAAUACUUGAUUUUGAGAUAAAAGAGGGAAAAGGACGAGGGGUUAUCAAGUGCAGUUCAGAAGACAUACUGCAGAAGGUGAUUAUGUGCGUCAAAAACAUUUUACUUAUUUCUCCAAGCAUACACAUGGCCGUAAACGCCAAGUUAAAUAGUUUUUGUGUUUUUAAUGAUGCUUACCGAAAACAGGCUCUCCAUUAUCUUCAGUCUAUUGAGUAUAUCGAACUAAAGCAGGCAACUAUGGAUCUUCUCUAUGAUUUUCUAAAAAAUGAAAAUUGUCAAUUUUUACAACUGAUGUGUAGGGUUCACCCAGUAAUAGAAAUGAAAAAAAUUCACAAAUUUCUAAAUGAGUCAAGCACUAACUAUAAAACUCUAAAUAUCAUUUAUCUCAGCAUGAAGAAGUUUUUAUACUUGCAGCAGUUUUUCCCGAUUUAUGAUUUCGUAAAACAAUUGAAUACGAAAGUGACGGUCUUAUUCGUAAUUGAAAGUGACGAAGAAACCUGGAUAAAUGAUAAAGAAUUACUGAUUAAUUAUUUUAGGAAAUUAUUCAGCGUUUUAGCAGAUAAACUCAUGUUUAAGUUUAUUUUAAUUACUCAAAAGAGUAACGAUUUAGAAUACUAUUUAGAAGUUAAUUUACAUUUUUAUUGUAAAAUGACGGAUGAUUCGGGAGUUACAUUUGUUGAUUUAACAAAUGAUUCUCAAAACCGACUUUUGAAGAAAACCAUUUUCUUUCAAGGAUUUUUUACAGAAUUAGGUAGUUUGAUAACAGAUAAAACAAAGCAUCUGGUAGAUGAAGAAACAUUAUCUAAACUUAUCAACAAUGAAAUGAUAGUGAUAGGUAAGAGACUUCCUGAUUUAGGUGAUAUUGAGAAUUAUUACAUUGAGCGACAUUUUUAUCAGUGUAAAGAUGGAAAGUAUAUUCAAAAGGAAUCUAAAAUUUAUGUUACUUAUGACGGUCAAAUUGAAAAAUUGAUACUUAAACAAGAUCAAGACAUACUGUUGAUUUCUGAAACAGGUAAAGAGUUUGAGAAACUUUGCACUGAAUAUGAAAAUAGAAAUAUCCAUUGGGUAAGAGAAAUAGAUGAUAGAUAUCUCUGGCAUAAAACUCGAGGUGAAAAACCAUUUCUUGACGAGUAUUGCUCCUCUGCAUGCAGUGAUAUAGAUGGACGUGUAGUUAUUAUAAGUUCAGUAUCUGGCGCUGGUAAAUCCACAGUACUGACAAAAAUAGCACGAAAAAUGAAAAUUAUAAAUUCUUCCCUAUGGGUUAUGAGAAUUAAUUUAAAUGAUUAUACAGGAAAAUUAGCAAAUGACACUGUCAGUUUUUGA